GCGAUCAAGGCUAUAACUCCCCGCCCCAGCCCGGGGCAGAGCAGCACAGGCGCCUCCAGCCUGCAGCGUCCCGGGCCCGGCAGCCGCAGGAGGGAGCGCGGGGCAGAGGCGCGGAGGCCGCGGAGGAGACGCGGCACAUCCACGGGGCGACCCCUGUCCGCCGGUAGCGUCGCGGCACCCCCCGCAGCACCAUGCCCGCCGGGUGGCUCAGCCUCCUGGCGCUCCUCUGCAGCUGGAGCCUGAGCGCCUUGGUGGCGGAAGCGUGCACGUGCGUGCCCAUCCACCCGCAGGAUGCCUUCUGCAACUCGGACAUCGUCAUCCGGGCCAAAGUGGUGGGGAAGAAGCUCAUGAAAGAUGGACCUUUUGGAACAAUGCGAUACACCGUCAAGCAGAUGAAGAUGUACAGAGGCUUUCAGAUUAUGCCACAUGUUCAGUAUAUCUACACAGAAGCCUCUGAAAGUCUUUGUGGUGUCAAGUUGGAGGUCAACAAGUAUCAGUAUCUGAUUACAGGCCGGGUGUAUGAAGGAAAGGUUUACACUGGUCUGUGUAACUGGUAUGAGAAAUGGGACAGACUGACCCAAGCCCAACGCAAAGGACUAAAUCAUCGUUACCACCUGGGCUGUGGAUGCAAGAUUAGGCCUUGCUACUACUUGCCCUGCUUUGUCACCUCUAAGAGUGAGUGUAUUUGGACAGAUAUGCUCUCCAGCUUCGGCCAUUCAGGAUACCAAUCAAAGAACUACGCCUGCAUCCAGCGGGUGGAAGGUUACUGCAGCUGGUACAGAGGAUGGGCACCUCCUGAUAAAACUAUCAUCAAUGCCACAGAUCCGUGAACACACAAUCCCUUCUCUGUCUCCCUCCCUCCCUUAAUUGUGGCUGAACUUCCCUUGGACACUAACUCUUACCAGAUCCUGAUGAUGACAAUGAAAUUAGUGCCUGUUUUCUUGCAAAUUUUAGCACUUCGAACACUUAAACACAAAAGCCUGUGCUCUCAUACUGAAUUUGUUUUAAUCAUUUUUUCCGGUUUUAAUACUGCUCAUUCUGGUCAGGUGACAAUUGUCUGGGAACUUUUGUUUGCACGCCAGAAAAAAAAAUGGAGCCCUUGCUCUCAGUGUGUAUCAUUAGCUAUAGCAAUAUAAUCUCUAUUUUUUUAGGAAAACAAAAAUCUAAAAACUAUGCCAGGUGGCCCUGUAACUUUCCUCAAGGCCCUAGCUUCCCCAGCCCCUCCUUAUGCACUCAGUGUUUAAAUUGGGGAAUCCUAAGAAGGAAAACAGGUUUCAUCCAUCAAAUCAGCAAACAACACAAGCAAAAAAAGCCAACAAAAAUCCACCAGCUCCAAAAUAAAACAAACACCACCCCCAAAACAAACCCUUUCCCAUAUGGGGAACUGAGAAUGCAAUUGGUCGCAGUGGUGGGAGACCUCAGCUUGUGUGCCAGGCUCUGCACUGUGUGUGAAAGCAGCAUGGGAUGAAUGGGUACUGGGCCCAUUCAGUCAUACAGUGGAAGAGAAAGAUAUUAUGCUAUUUUUUAAAAACUACUUUGCAUUCUGGGAGGACAUUCACUUCCAAUGGAGCAGGUGUAAAGUGAACCUCCCUCUUUCAAACAGAGCGGGCCCUGGAAAUUUUUGCAGUUUAACUCUGACAGCAAAAUGACCUGGUGAACAUCUUAAACCAAACAGAUGCAAAAGACCCAUCACUAAGUCAAUCACGUGGGGAGGAGAAAAAGGGGAGACGCACUAGGGCUAUUGCUAUUAAAAAAAAAAAAAAAAAAAUCUAUUGCCAAAAUAGUGUUUAGCUGAAUUAAGAUGUAUAUACACAUAAUGACAUAAGCUAUUUUUCGACAGGACAUGGAAUUACUUGGUGUUAUAAACAAACAAUGGUUUGAUUGUGUUUGAAAAGACAGAAAUCUUGACAUUCCAAGUCAGUGAUUUUAUUAUUUUUUUUAAAGAUAUUGAAAGUCCAGUGCAUCUGCAGUAGCGGAUAGAUCCAUUGCUUCCUCCACAUCUCCCAGUACCAUGGCUCUCCCUUCUGCAGUGACACUGGCUGUAUUUGCAUAUAGAGAAAAAGUGGGCAGCACUUCCUGGAACCCUCUAUCUCAGCUGUCCUAAGGAUUGCAGCAUGAAUCAAGUGCUGUGUUCCUGUCUAGCCAUUGUUAAGCAGAGUUGUGCAUAUGCACAUAUGAGUCCUGUGGUAAUAAGGUUGAGGAGGAAGGGGAAAAGAGCCAUCCUGGCUUUGCUUCGUUGGUGACUGGAGGAUUUUGUUCUGUUUUGUUUUUAUCAAGAAAACUAUAAUAUAAUUUUUUCUUAUCAAAUAAAAAUAUUUUAAGUUUUAAUGUUGAUGCAGGGGUGAUGACAAACUGUGUGACUGUUAUGUUUUACUGAGUUGAAGGGGUGGGGGGGGAGAAGAGGAUUACAAUUAACUUCAUUGUGUUUUUUUUUAUUAUUAUAAUUAUUUAUCAUAUAUUUCCAUGUAUCUUCAGUUCAUUCCACUUAGGAAGCAGAGCUGCUGUAAGCAAGAAAAGGCAUUGUAAUAACCCCAGAUGGGGGUAAUGGAGCAUUCUGCAUUCAGUGGUCAUUUCACCAGUGGAGCUUUGUUUGGGGCCUCUCUGCCACAAUAGCAGGACACUAGGAGAGGAAAGGGUGUGAUCUCCUGUAACAUUUUGGAGCUUCGCAGAUCUAAAUGGGAAAUGGCCCAUUUUAUGGGAGAACUACCAUAGAAGGCACGUGGCCUUAUUUUUAAGAUUGGCUGAAACAGCAUUUUCAGAGUUGCUUGAGUUGGAAGGAAUCUUGUCUGGAAUUUUUGUUAGCACCUGAGUGACAGCAGAUCAGGAGGCUUAUCACAACUCAAUGGGAUUCAUCCUCCUAGAACACUUGUGGCCUUUUUUUUUUUUUUGAAAAUCCCACUGUCUUGUCCCUACCUUUAAAUUUUGGACCUGAUCUUUGGCUCCUACUGAAACCAGUGAGAGGGGGAGGUAAUUCUCAGCAUUUGUCACAGGAUCAGGUGCCAUGUCAGGAUACUUGCCUUUUGAGAUGUGUCAAUGAGUCAAGCCUGGAAUGCAGGGGACAAUUUUCUGCUCCGUUUGAACUGUGCAACCCCAAUGAAGCCACAGGGGUCACUCACUGCAGUACCUCUGCCCUGCAUCUUCAGCAAUGACGACUCCACCAGCACAUUUUGCAACUUGAGGAAUCACCAUUGCUGGAGAUCACCAAGGCCAAACUCAACUCAACUGCUCUAUCAAAGGUGCUUUAGCAAGAGUUAAAUCAUCAGGCCACAGCCACUUCUCCCAGCUUUGGAAGGCAAGAUGAAGAUGCCUCUCAUGUAACGAGGUGUUGGGGAUUAAUUUCCAUUGAACUAUAGCUCUGUGUAUUUUACUUGUUCACUGACUGUAUAGUUUCAGAUCAUUUAACUAGCUGAGACACCACAGUAUUACAAUCAAAUUAUCACGAAGAUCUUUUUAUUCUACUAUGAAGAUGUGUUCCUAAGUAGCUGUAAUGUAUCUGUGUGUUUUGUAAACAACUACCACCACCAUGAAAAACAACCCCGUCACCAACAAAUCUAUUUUCUUUACAGAUUCCCAUUAUAUAUUGCAGAGGGUAAAAAUACUUUCAACAUGCAGACAGCUAGAGUGGCAAGGGGUAGAGGGUUGCAAAACAACCUGCCCCCUUGCUAAAUAAAGACGCAGUCACAGAGGCUUUUUAAAAUGUGGAGCCAAAUGGAGGGAAAGCGUAAGGGGAAAGAGACUAGCAAAAAUACAUUUCUGUUGGAAGACUUCCUAUAUGUUUAAUGAGUACUAUCAGGGACAUGUAUUCUGUGGGCUUAGCUUUACCUUGCACCUGGAUUAAAGGCCUGACCCAAAACCUGCUUGAGUCAAUGGGUCUUAUUUUAUGGACUCUGUUAGCUUCAGGUCAGCCCCCUAAACUUCUGCCUUUCUAUGUACCCUUUCUCCUCCUGCCUCACUUAACAUUGCUCCUGUCUGCCAAGGCACAGCACCCUAAAGAUUACUUAGGGCAUGAAGGCACCCUCUUUUCUGGAUGCCCGUAACACCUUUCAGUGCAUUACUAUGCCUGACCAUCAUGCUGCUGUUGAAGCAGCACAAGUAGCUAGCAGGAAUAUUUCACAUGUCUACCACCAGUAUAGUGUGCUUAAAAGGACACUGUCAUCUGCGCUCCUCACAUGAGUAAAAAAGAUCAGGACCUUAAUAGAAAUACCAUUUUGCUUUUUCUCUAAAUAUCAUUAAGCCUACAUUUUUACAUUACAUACUUCAUUCACAUUUUUGUGAAUGUACUAUUCUCGCUGUUUGUUUCUUUACUGGCAUUUGGUUUUCUUCCCCUUCUUUAAGCCUGGAAAACAGAUCGGCCAGUUGCACUUCUUUUGCGGUUAGUAACUAACCAUUUUCACUUUCCAGUUUUCCUACGCAAACAUAAGACUGUAAAGUUUGGAUUCUGAUUUGAGGUCUCUUUAUUUGCUUAAAAAUGAUGUCCUUUAGAGUUUCAAGAAUUGCAAGCACAUAUUCACCCUGGGGAGGAAUGACUUUUUUUCCCUUAAAGGAAAAACAGUGGAAGGGCAUAUCUGAGUGUAAAAUGUCCUGUGUGGACUCCCACAGGCUCCAAUAGGGUUCUGCUGUUUUAGAGCCAAAAACAAUUUUGGAACCAAGCUUCUCUAAUUUUGGAAGGUCAAACAUGAUCCUUUAAAUAGGAUUAAACUAAAUGCCAACCACUGCAUCUCCACUCCAGUCUCAUCAAGUGCUUCAAAAUGCGACUUCAGGGUACUAUGAACACAUCACUCUAAUUUAUAAUAGCACCUCCUAAAAUGUAAUCCCAGUAAAAGGAACAAGUUUCAUAGGGCCUCCAGGUAUAUUUUUUUACAUGCUUCAAAGUAAAGUGUUUUAUAUCUGAUUCCUUUGGGUUUUAUGAGGGAGGAACAACAUUUAAAGGACUGCAAACAAAUUAUUUUUUAAAAGCAAGUCAGUUUGGGAUAUAUCAGUCUUAACAAAAUCCUCUUAAAAACCACUAAUUCUAUUCUACUGCUUUUGCUCUUUGCUGUCUCUUACACUCCUUCCUUCAUAGGGCCAUUCUGCUGUACUUGAUAGUCGCAGGGGGAGAGGGAAGCUAAGCCCAAGAGAAAAAUCUCGUCCCGAAGGAAUGUAUUUGUUGCUAAAUUUUGUAGCACUGUUUACAGUUUUCCUCCUUGUUAUUUAUAAAUUUUGUAUUCAGUGAAUGUAUAUUGUCUUUUAAGGUAAUGUUGCAUAAUGUUCACUUUUUAUAGUGUCCUUUUAUUCUAAACAGUAAAGUGGUUUUAUUUCUAUCACA